AUGACUUACUUUCCCGGAGCCGAGAAACUCUUCUUGACGGUCUAUAUCUUCACGUUUGUAACGGGGCUUCCUCUGAACAUCUUGGCUCUGUGCACCCUCGUCAGGAAAUGUAGCCAGAAGCUCGUUCCGGUGGACAUCUUGCUUUUCAACUUGACCAUCUCCGACCUGCUACUUUUGUUCUUUCUCCCGUUCCGCAUGGUGGAAGCUGCAAAUGGAAUGAGGUGGCUCCUGCCCUACAUCUUCUGCCCCUUGUCAGCGUUCAUGUAUUUCAGCAGCAUAUAUAUCACGUCCCUCUUCCUUAUGACUAUCAGCGUGGAGAGAUACUUGGCUGUUGCUUUUCCUAUCAAAUAUAAGCUUCUGAGGAAACCUAUCUACUCCAUAGUGGCGAGUAUCGUCAUCUGGGUGGCAGGCACAGCUCAUUGUACCAUCGUCUUCAUCGUGGAUCAUUUUAUGUCUAACAACGAAACGGUAGACAACACGGUUUGUUACGAUAAGUUCUCACCGGCCCAACUCAAGGUCCUCCUUCCUUUUCGGUUAGAAAUGUGUCUACUUCUCUACGCGGGACCAUUUGUCAUCACUGUCUUCUGCUACGUCAACUUUGUCAAGAUCAUAUUAUCCCAGCCUCGAAUACAGAAGAAGAGGAAGCAGAGAGCCAUUGGGUUGGCCGUAGCCACGUUGACUAACUUUGUAGUGUGCUUCUUACCGUAUAAUAUUUCGCAUGUGGUCGGCUUCAUUCAGGGAGACAGCCCGGACUGGAGAGUCUACGCUUUGCUGUUGAGCACGUUUAAUGCAAGUCUGGAUCCUAUCAUUUUUUACUUCUCCUCUGGCUCGUUGAAGAAGAUAUUUUUACAGGGGCUGGUGCAUGCGAUAAAAAAGUUGCGUUUGGGAACCCAAUGGACCCAUAUUUGUAUUUCCCAUUGCGAGAAAGAAACUGAGAUUUCCAAUAUAUCAUCCUAA